UGUCACAUCUUCGACAAAAUGAAAUCGGAAAUUUUAGUGAUUUUUAUGUGGCUUUUCCUGAGUGUGGAUUCCUCUAUUGUCGAUGAGAAAAACUGUUUGGAUUAUUGUCUUAGUGCUGUAAAGCCUGUUUUCGAUCAUUAUCAACAAUUAGCAAAUUCGGCUGAUACCAAAAAGGAAUUGCUGGUUAGUAAAGAUGAUCUGAUCAAGGACCAAGUUAAGCUAAUUGAAGAGAAAGAAAAGCAAAUUAAGGAAUUAUCAGAUCUGCUUUUGAGGAGCACUUGUCCCAUCGAAGGAGCACCAGAUAAAGAUCAAUGGAUCCCCAUCCAAAAACGAUAUGACGGCAGCUUAUUAUUCAAUCGUACCUGGAGUGAGUACAAGAAUGGGUUUGGAAACUGUCGAGGGGAGUUCUUCAUCGGUCUGGAGAAGUUGCACAACUUGACUAGUUCACAACAGUACCAACUUUUGAUCAAUCUCGGGGAUGUCAAUGGAUCUACUGGCUGGGCUCUGUACGAUGACUUCAAAAUUGGCAACGAGAGUGAAGCAUACUAUCUGAAGUCCUUGGGAGAAUAUAGAGGAACCGCCGGAGACUCACUAACGAGAAGCAUUCCCAUGAAGUUCUCCACUUUGGAUAGGGAUAAUGACACUGAUCCUGAUGAAAAUUGCGCAGUUCGUUUAGGUGGCUGGUGGUUCUACCAUUGUGCGAAGAGUUCUCUGAAUGGAGUAUAUUACAAGAACGGAACCACACCCAAUAUAGAUGGUAUAUUUUGGUCAUCUUGGAAAAGCGAUUACUACACCAUCUCUUUAACGUUCGCGGAAAUGAAGAUAAGAUCUAAGAAUAAGCCUCAGCUUGGACAAAAUAAAUAA